CUUCUCCGCCCACUUCCUGCUUCAGAUAUCAGCCGUGUGCCCAUGCUGGGGUGGGACAUCGGGUGGGAGAAGUGCAAGUGGUUUCUGGAUGUAGAAAACUGCACAGAGAGGCAUUAAUGGGAGGCAGAAAGAGUCAGGGUGCAGGGGAGGGGAUGUGCCCCAGGAUGCAGGGAUCAUUAGGAGCAGGGAAAGCAGGGAGGAGAGCAGAACUGCAGUGCCAGGUCCUGGCUGCUUCUGGGGCUCUUUCCAUGGAAGUGCUGAGACCACCAGAGGUACAACUGUGCCAUUUCUGCAGUGAGAUGGGAUUGCUAAUGAGGCAGGGACAGGACUGAGUGACUGAACUGGAAGGGUUAAGCCUCAGGCUGGAUCCCCCCACCUUCUGCUGUCAUUCUGGGCAGCAGAGCCAGUUGGUGACAAGAGGCUGAUGCUGAUGAGGGAGCAUGUGAAGCGGGAGCAGUGAAUGGGGCUUUAUCCCAGAGGGGACUGGCCUUUGCUCCAUCCUGCCCCGCUGCCAGCACCAGCUGCAAGCAGAGCCCCGUGGGCAGCAGCAUGCCAGUAGCUUCAGUGUGUGGCAUGUGGGGCUGGGGAGCUGGGGACUCACUCUGAGCAAAGGCUUGAUGAAGCACACAAUAAAGGAAGGACACGGCUUUGGAUGUUCCUGCAUGGUGCUGUUCUGGGAAUGCUCCAUCAUAUCCUGCAGCACUGCUCAGGGUGUGGGCUCAGCCCCAGCACAUGGACCAUAGCUCUCCAGGUGGCUCUGCCAUGGAAGGGUGCACCACCAGACUCUAAGGAACAAAACUGAGGAGUCCCCACUUGAGAAAUGCAGCUGCCUUCGCAACCACCACUGCUCUGACCUUCCCUCUGCUGUGAGGGUUCACAUUGCUCUGUGCCACCACCCCACUGUGCCCUCCACACCAGCUGCCCGCCAUGCCGGAGCUGGCAGACCUGAGCUCCCCCCGCACACCCGCGGAUGCUGACCACAUCCAGAGGAACAUCCUGGAGGAGCAUGUGGAGCUCUGGUGGUUCCAGGACCCCAAGAAGUCUAUCCUGUGCUACGGGAUGGCUGUGGUACUGAUCCUGGCCUGUGGGAUCGGGGGCAUCAUCCUGCUGUACAGCACGAGCAGCCGCUCUGGGGAAUGGCGGCUGGCAGUGGGCACCACGCUGUGCCUCCUGGCCCUGCUGGUUCUGCUGAAGCAGCUGCUGAGCUCAGCAAUCCAGGACAUGAACUGCAUCCGCAGCCGGCAUCAGAUAGAGCUCCUGAAGAGCGGGGGCUUUUCCGACUGCCUGGUGUUGCUGCUUAGCGCCCUGGUGCUGCUGGUCUGUGGGGUGGUGCUCACCAUCCUCUCCACCACCAACAUGCAGCUCAGCCCGGCGCGGCCACUGGCCAGUAUGUUCACCAGUGGGGUUGUCCUGCUGGCUGCCGGCAGCACUCUGCUGCUCUGCCUGCUGCUCUACUUACUCUGCACCUCCUGCUGCCAGGCUGCUCCGCGCGGCUUGGAGACCGGUGAGAUCCGAGUCUUCACCAUCUCUGGCCGCCUUGCUGCCAACAGGCGGCUUCCUCCCACCUCCAGCAUGGCCAACCUGAUCUGACCCACGGCUGCUGCAUCUGCACUGUGACAGCCUUGCGUGAGGCUCACUGGAUACAGCCCUCAGCAGUCCUUGUGCCAGCCUUUCACUAAGGAAGGACAGGAGUUGUGCCUCAUGUUUUCUUCCAAGACGACUGGCGUUUGCUGAACCUCAGUCUCACAGUGUGGCAGGGACUUUGGUUUUCCUCAACAGGCGUGAUCUGGAGCUUUACGAGCCUCGUUUGGCUUUUAUCUCAGCACAUCCUCCUGUGGCAGCUGCUGCUCUGGUGGCCAUGUCCGCUGUCACAAAGCCAAGGUGAGCCUGUCCCACACCUCGGGGACUGCAGAGUCUGGUUCCUGCAAUUCCCUGGGUCGUGCUUCUCCUGGUAGAAGGGGUUUCAAUUUUCAGUGCUAUAAUCCUAAGAAAUCUCUUGUGGGGGGAGAUUCUGUGUCUGAAAUGCCAUUUGUUUUUGUGAUGCUGUCUUUCCCGAUACUGCUUUGCUGCGGCCUCGCCAUUGUCUGUGCCUUAUCAAAGGGAUGAGCAGAGGGUGUUGCUGUCAGGGCUGUGGUGGGCUGUCAGCUUUGUACACUGUGUGUUGGGAGGCUCAGUGUUGGGAGGCUCGGUGAUUGCACCAAUGCACUGCAGCCCUGCAAGCUAUGGACAAAGAGGUGCCAUUGCUGGGACAGAGAGGUGCUGCUGAGAUGCCCAAAUCCCAGGACUGGGGCUUUUCCAACCCCAGGUCUCCCACCACAGACCUGAUGGGAGCUGGCAUGGCAGCUGUGCUGUGCAGCAGUGCUGCCAUUCUGUCCCUUACCCUGAGCUCUGGUGCUGUGCCUCUAUGAGGUACCUACCACUGAGUGCCUUUCCUAGAGGCAGGCUUGCAGGUCACCCUCAGAAACCUUUCCUGUGAAUUGAGGCCAAUUUACCUCUCAACAUUUUCAUUCCCUCCCUGGGCCCACAAACCAUUUCACUGCUCCUGCACUUUCCAUAGACACCGAUCCAAACCUUCCUAGCCAUGCUAUUCCACUGAAAACUUCCCUUUCUCUGCAUUUUCCUAUCUGCUCCCAUCUCCCCCUGAUCUGCACUGCUCUGCCCCAACCAGUUGUUUUGCCCACUGGUUUCCAAGUUACCCAUGAGAAUUAGGAUCUCAUUUUCGUAUCAUCUGUAGAUCUUAUUAAACUGCUGUUUCCUUCUCUUUGCAUCACUUCCCUUAAUCUGCCCAAAAAUUAAGAGGGUGUCACUAAGCUCAGGUCUUUCUGUGCUAAAUGCUCUGCAUUUGUGUAGCAGAGAGCAGUCCUUUACCUUGGGGCUGCUCACCCCCAAGAUGCUGUGUGCAAUAUGGAGGGAUGGGCUGCAGCUGGUCAGAAGUUUUGCGUAACCCACAGCUGUUGCUCUGCACAUCCGUGUGGGUGCACAUGCAGGUAUGUCAAGAUGCACCAGCUCUGCCCACCUUUGCAAUUGCUCCCAUCUUUCCCAACCUGCACACCCGCUGUUUUGCACAUCUGGGCACCUAUGGCAGAUGCCCAGCUCGCAGCUCCAUGCUGCCUGCCAAUGUGAAUCCUUCCCUUCAAAACCCCUUCAAAACAUGCACACGUGAACUAUGCCAGGAAAGGAUGCUUGGGGACCCUGUCCCUGCCCAAGGAAGCAACAUGUGAGAACAGGCCGCCUCUGAGCAGGGAGGCUGGGGUGUCUGGCUGCCCCGAUGGACGGGCUGCACUGACUCACCUCCUGCAGAAGCGUUACUGUUUUGUUCCUUUCUCAUUUCCUGUGUUGUGAAUGGAAAUAUAUAAUAAAGUGCUGCAGAAUUUGGCUGUGCCAAAA